AUGCGCGAGGACUACGAAAACGAAAAGGCCCAGGCAAAUGUUAGUGCUGGUAUUCUCCGCAGACAACAACGAUGCAAAGCCAUCGUCGUAGAGAACAAGAAGCCGUACGGAAACGGAACACAUGACCCACCACCAAGGCAGUGGAAUUCAUCAAUGGAACACUUGAUAAAAACCAUGAUUAGCGUCCGUGAGGGGCAGGGAGAACUUCCCUUCGGUCUGUUCGGUGUGGCUGGUAUUGGCUUGUAUGCCAAGUUUUUUCUACUGAAAAACGAAAUGAACGAACUCGAAGCCUUCGAAUUGGACGACGGAGCUUACAGCAUAUCAGAUGACGAGAGUGCUCAAGUUCUUGAAAGCAAGUUGUUGGCAAUGAAGGUCGAAAUUGAUCAGGUUCAACUUGAAGAAAAGCUGUCAAGCUGA